AUUUCAGUUGUCAAUUUUGUUCAUUAGGUUGGGCGCUUUAAACUAAGUGCCAUAAAGCAUCAUCAUCAGAAUGACUGAAUCAGAACCACCUCCACCACCUGCUCCACCUCCUCCAAAUGAUGAGUUUCCAUCUUCCCUCUUCUCAUCCUUAUUGGAAGAUGAAGAAGAAGAUCAUGAAGGUUUAAUCAGUUGGUGUCAACUUGAGGAUCCUCACCAGCAUGUUAACUGGAAACAAAGAUAUUACCAGCUCAAAGUAAAUCUUGCACGGUUCCGAAUGGAGACGGCAGAGUUACAACAAUCCUUGCAAGAAAAGUUAUCUGAACUUGAACAAAAGGCUGCUGAAGCAGACAGACGAAGCAAUGAAGCUAGACAAAAGAUGCAAGUAAUGGAGCAAAAGCUUCAGAGUCUUGGGGUGAGUGGUGAUACCUUUCAAGACUGUAUGGCUAAUGCAGACCAAGCUUGCAAGGAUCAAAUUAUUUCAAAUCUGGAGCAACAGGUUGAAGAACAGAAAAAACUACGAAUUUUGGAUGCAAAGAAAGUGGAAGCAAAAGCAUCAAAGAUAAAAGAAUGGGUGACUAACAAAUUAAAAGAGUUAGAAGAACAAAAUUACCAGCUGCGUGAAGAAAAUAAAAAAUGUAAUGCACAGUUAGAACUCCUGAAAAAAAGACUCAGCCAGAUGUCACAACAAAAAGAAAAAAAUAAUACGGAGGACUCUUCCAGAGGUAGUUGGGAGGAUCAAGGUUCUUCAGAUGAUGCACCUCCUCUUACUUCCAUAACAAGCGCCAAUCAACGUGCCAAUUACAUUAAUAAUAAUGAGCCGUCCUUUAAUUCUUCCCCCUCUACAGUGGAAGGUAAUAAGAAAUCAUCAUCAUGGGCCUCCACUCAACAAGCUCGUGUUGACCAGUGGAUUGAUAGCUCAUGUCAAGUCUCGUUAACUCGGAGAUCUGAAUCUGAAGAUAGUAACACUAUUCAUGCUAUGGGAUCUGAGCCUGUUGAGGCUGGACUUCCACCCAUAGUUCCUCUACAUUCCACCAAUUCGCCUUUUCCACAGAUGGCUAAUUCUCGGUCAACUUCUGAAACACGGAAGCCAACUUCUAAGAAACAACAUUCCCGUUCGCUUCCACGUGAAACAACUCGAAACUCAUCUUCUUUGCACAUCGCAGAUAUUCCUA